GUUAGCACUCUCACUCUCACACGUGUGAGAAGAGAGAGAAGUUGUGUGAUGAUUUGUUAAAAGGGAGAGAAUGAAUAAAUACUAACAUAAUGACAGCAACUGGUUUUAAAAGAAAAAUCACACAUCCAUCUGUGUCUAUAUCCUUCACUCUCUUCUCUUUUUCUUAACUACUUCAUCUCUUUCUUGAACUCUGAAGAAUCCGUGUGGGUAUGUGUUUGAAAAACCCUCCAAAACUUGGAAAGUACUUUUGCUGUUUUCAGUUGUUUAAUUUACUUUCCUUCUUCUAUCUUCUUCUUCUUCUUCUUCUUCAUUCACUACUGCCUGUCAUGUCAAAAACCCUUUGAGUGCUUUCCUUAUACACUAGUAUGAACUCAUGCCCAUCUACCUUUAUAUACUCUUCCUCAUCACAGCAAAAUACCAGUAAUUCAAUGGGGAUGGUUUAUGAAGACAUGGCUUCUCUUUCUCUUUGCUCCAACUACACUCUCACCCCCUCCGCACCCAGCUGGGGCUUCCCCUUUGAGGAGCACCCCACUCACAACAGUGAUCUUGUGGAGGGUACUACAAAAGGUUCUGAUAGCAGCGAAGAUAAUGGGGUUAUUGGAGAAAACAAUAACAACAACAACAACAACAAUAAUAACAACCCUAAUAAUAAAGAGGGAGAGAGUAGUAGCGGACAGUCAAAGCUUUGUGCAAGAGGUCACUGGAGACCAGCAGAAGAUUCAAAACUGAAGGAGCUUGUUGCUCUUUAUGGCCCUCAGAACUGGAACCUCAUAGCUGAAAAGCUAGAAGGAAGAUCAGGGAAGAGUUGUAGACUGAGAUGGUUCAACCAGCUUGACCCGAGAAUAACGAGGAGAGCUUUCAGUGAAGAAGAGGAAGAGAGGCUGAUGCAGGCUCAUAGGAUUUAUGGCAACAAAUGGGCCAUGAUUGCAAGGUUGUUCCCUGGAAGAACCGAUAACGCUGUUAAAAAUCAUUGGCAUGUUAUUAUGGCUAGAAAGUAUAGGGAACAAUCCAGUGCUUAUAGGAGAAGAAGGCUCACACAAUCAAACAACUUUUACAGAAGAAUUGACCAUAAUAAUAAUCAUAAUAAUAAUAAUAAUGUAUCAUCAGAAUCAUCACCACCACCACACUGUUUUGUGGCUGGCUUCUCAUCACUACCGUUUCAUGGUGGUGUUCUUGACUUUGGUGCCAAUAAUAAGCCUUAUGCUGCUGUUGCUUCCUCUUCUUCUUCCACCUUCAAUUUCUUCUCUGGAGGUAGAGGCAAUAAUAAUAGUAGUAGUAACAGUGAGAUGGUAGGAGGAGAGUAUUAUUAUGGAAGUAAUCAUCAUCAUCAUUAUAAUCAGCAGCAAGCACAUAAUAAUAAUCAUGCUUACUACACUCGUUAUCCUAAUCAUCAGUAUAUGAUGAUGAUGAUGCCAUCAGUGCAACAGCAUCAAAACAACAACCAUAACAAGAAUUUUUACAGCUUCUCAUCAAAUUCAAGCACCACAGUAGCACAGGUGCUAGGCAGUGAUCCUUCACUAUCAUCCAUGGCAGAACAACAACACAGAGAUCAUGAAGAAGCCAGUGACCCCCCAACAACAAUCCCAGAGACUCCGUUAUUUAUUGACUUCCUUGGAGUAGGAGCCACAACAUGAAUGAAACCAAAGUUUCUUUUUAUAUUUAUUAGAAAUUUAGAACCCAAAAAAAAAAGAAAAAAAAGAAAAAAAAAGCUGCAAGCCUUUAUUUCCAGCGGAGGAUUCUCAAUAUAGGUGUGGUCCAACAUUUGCUUAGAAGCCAUUCGAGGUAAACAGAAAGGAUACUUUGCUUCAGUUUGGUGACUGUGUACCCCAUUGCGUCACUUCUCUUAUUAACAUAUAUCAAACCUUUUCUCUCUUGUGAUUUUCAUUUCUGACUCACAUGAGGACCCCCCCCUACGCCCUCUUCCCCUACCUCUAUAUAGUUCAAUUUCAUUUUCAUUUUAAUUCAUUGUUAAUGGGGAUCAUUAUUUGUGUUAUUAAAUGUGUCUUGGGGGCAUUGUACAGAGAAUAGUUAAAGAAAGGAAGGUACUAACUAAAACAAUUAUUUAGGGUGUGGAAUAAUGUAGAUAGCUGGGGGGAGUUAUUUUCGUUUGAAAGAUGUGUGUUUCUAGUUUGGGUUGAGGGAAUGGUUGUUUAAGUUUGUCGCUACAUAAAAGAGGAUUUCUUGGACUAUUUUGGGGUAUGAUGAUGAAAUUGAUGAGGAUAGCUAAAAAAGAAAAUAAAGAGGGUUGGGGGUUUGGGAAUGGGAACUGUGUUUGGAACAUCGUUUUCUCAUGGCCCUGCCAUUGCAAUAACUCAGGCACAAAUUCAGCAACUGAUUCCCAAAUGUGCAUUCAAGAUGGGGAAAACUGUUCAACGCACAUCAUCAACCUCUCUCUCUCUCUCUCUCUCAUCAAAUCUUUAUUAAGGAUCAUGAUUCAUGCCACUCACAUGACAUGGGGUUGUUAUUUGUUGUUUUAUUUUUUGUGUGUUGAUCAAAGAGUUUCUUUUUUGGUGGUCUCAGGCUUAAAUAAAUGACAGGAUUGAAUUUUGUUUUGUU